UCACAAGGUUGGUGAUUAGGAGAACUGUUCAGAACAUCCCACCCUGGAGACAGAGGACCUCCAGUGUCAGCACUCGAUCAAAGUAUCUGGAACAAAUUCUGUCAUCUAUUAUGGAAACUGACCUCCUGUGCUUUAAGAUGCUUCAAGCCAUUGCAGGGCGUGGAUGGAGAGCGUAUUCGACUGUAUGUGCUCAAAAUUUACACAAAGGCAAACCUGGAGCUGGCUUUAGCUUUGCGCUCUCUGAUGAACAGAAAGAGUUUCAAGCUACUGCUCGUAAGUUUGCUAGGGAGGAAGUUAUUCCUGUCGCAGCAGAGUAUGACAAAACCGGCGAGUAUCCUUUUCCRCUCAUAAAACGGGCUUGGGAACUUGGUCUCAUUAAUUUACACAUCCCAGAAAGCUGUGGUGGUCUUGGCCUUGGCAGCUUUGAAACAUGCCUUGUUACAGAAGAGAUAGCUUAUGGAUGUACAGGAGUCCAAACUGCCAUUGAGGCAAAUUCCCUCGGGCAAAUGCCACUAAUCAUUGCAGGAAAUGAUCAACAAAAGAAAAAAUAUUUAGGAAGACUGACAGAGCAACCAUUGAUGUGUGCCUACUGUGUAACAGAGCCCAUAGCAGGCUCAGAUGUGGCUGGUAUAAAAACAAAGGCUGAGAAAAAAGGAGAUGAAUAUGUUAUUAAUGGCCAGAAGAUGUGGAUCACAAAUGGUGGAAAAGCUAACUGGUAUUUUUUGCUAGCUCGUACCAGUCCAGACCCAAAAACUCCUGUGAGCAAAGCCUUUACUGGAUUCAUUGUAGAAGCAGAUAGCCCUGGAAUCCAAAUUGGAAGAAAGGAGAUUAAUAUGGGUCAGCGGUGCUCGGAUACCAGAGGUAUUGUCUUUGAAGAUGUGAGAGUCCCAAAGGAAAAUGUAUUACUAGCUGAGGGAGCUGGUUUUAAAAUUGCAAUGGAAGCUUUUGAUAAGACCAGGCCUCCUGUAGCAGCUGGUGCUGUUGGUUUAUCACAAAGAGCACUGGAUGAAGCUACUAAAUACGCUCUGGAAAGAAAAACCUUUGGAAAAGCAAUUGUUGAACACCAAGCAGUGUCUUUUAUGCUUGCUGAAAUGGCAAUGAAAGUGGAACUAGCUCGGAUGGCUUACCAAAGAGCUGCAUGGGAAGUUGAUGUUGGUCACAAGAAUACCUACUAUGCAUCCAUUGCAAAGGCAUUUGCAGGUGACAUUGCAAACCAAGUAGCUGCAGAUGCAGUACAGAUUUUUGGAGGAAACGGAUUUAAUACUGAAUAUCCUGUAGAAAAGCUAAUGAGAGAUGCUAAAAUUUACCAGAUUUAUGAGGGAACUGCUCAGAUUCAAAGGAUCGUCAUAGCUCGUGAACAUGUUAGCAAAUUUAUGGUUUAAAAGAAAGGUAUCCAGUGUGUCUGGCGCUGCUGUUCCAUUCCGUGCUCUCAGAAGAUGAGGAUGUUAAUGCCUUUGUCAGUAUAAUUAAAAAGGUGUGGGGAAAAAAAACUUUUCCCUUCAAAAUUUUAUUAUUCUGGACAGUACUAAGCAUUAUUUUAGUACCUACCACUUCCUCACUCCAUUUCUAACAACGCUGGUGUUUUCCAAGCAUGUCUGAAAUAAAGUGAUUGUUUGUCUCGUCUUCACCCACUUGGGAUUUUUCAUUCAAGUCUUUGGCUUGCAGUGGGGGAAGAGGUAAAACCUUCUUUGUAAAAUGUACAUUAAAAAAAUGAAUGGAAUUCAGAAAUAUUUUUAUUGUCCGUGAAGCUAUUCUACCUAUAACAAGUAAUUUAACUUUAAGAACUUCUGUAUUAUUUGUAAUGAUACAGAUUUGCUCCUACUGAGAUAAACUAUAGCUUUAUCAUUGGAGUUUAGGUGUGUAUCAAUUUAACAAAUCUCAGGGACACAAUUACUUUAAAAAGCUAUUCUGAUUCUUUCAAGGAUCAUAUAUUGCAGUAUAUUGCAUCCAGGUCAUCAUGUCCUAUAAUUAUGAAUAUGCUAACACAGUCAUUUAGUAGGAUUUAGAAACUACUCUCUUAAAUUUCACUAUGAAUACAGCUUAACUUCUGGACCAUUUGAAAACAAAUUUAUGUUCCUCUAAAGCUCAAGGAAGAUCAUUGUUAUUUUUCUGAAAGAGAAGAUUGCAUAUUAUAUGCCUCCAUGAAUCAGUAUAAACAAAAGAUACUUUUUAACAAUAACAAGGCUUCUUUUCAGUGAGACCUUGCUAUUUACUCACUUGAGUCCAUCACUGACAGAAAUUUUUAUUUGGUGCUUUUAUCUCUGUGCCUCAGAGAAAUCCAUUGUAUUUAUAAAUAAGAUGCUUAUUUUCUUGUGCCUUAAAAAUCGUGCCUUUGUGGAUGAAUGCUAAGGACACAUCACAGUAUUUUGAGAAAAACAUACUUUUGUUAGGAAAAAAAUACUGUCAUUCGGUUUCAAAUAUUUUAAUUGUAGYUGAGUUCAUGUAAAAUAACCUUUGGAAACUAUGCCAUAUAUUCAAAUAUAACAACUCUGUUCUGAACUUGGCUAUUACCUCUAAAAUUCUAAUGUGAAAAGGGCAAAAAUUGAGAAUAUCCUAACUGUUUUUCCACUUUGAAAUUCAGUGCUC